CUCAUCCCAACACUGUUCGUUGGAUAAAAAAAAGACAUUUAUCUUGUUCUAGCUCCACUUGUGAGUCGGAAAUUAUUAGACCAAACUGAAACCAGAUUAACAUAUUGAAAUCACCAAUGAUAUCCUUUUUGGCUAAUUGCUCGUCAUAGAUUCCCCCAACUUCCAUUUGAGAGUUGAGACUUGAGAUCCACUAAGCCAUUCACGCUUGUGGGAGUAGUGCUUGACAUUAUUGCUGAACACCUUUUAUCAUCACUAUAUCUCACCUACCACAUUUGCUCCACAAUCCGAAAGUUUGAUCCAAAACAGAUGGCCUUCUCGUGUAUAAUGUGACAUGCUCUGUUUUCGUCCCAAUAUAGACAUCACAAACUUUGACCACUUCUCCAAGUUACUCUUUGCAGCCUGAGGCUUUGCAUCAACUAGAAAGAAUCGUCGUCACCUCCUCAAAGAUAAGCAUCACUCAUACAACAUCCAACUUUUGGUUGCUUAGCCCAAUACACACACUGAAAUUUGGUGGCAGAGGACAAAAAUACUUCAUAAAGUGAUAUGCUUUUAUGCAGUGCCAAACAUGUUUCCGGGCUUCCCUCCCUCCUAUAAUCAUAACCCAAAAGAAGAUUUCGGGGAAAGAGGGGAGAAAAAAGAAACUAUAGUUGGAAGCAGGAAGUGGGUUAACGGCUUCCCUUGGGAAUGUUGCUUUUGCUCCUUACUUCAUGACCCUCUUCCUCCUUAAAUUCCCUUCCCCUUUCUCUCUGCCGUUACCUCUCCGAGAGAAACACGCCAUACGUGCACUGGUAAACUGUCUUCCUACCUAGGAACAACAACAACAAAGAAAACAGCUUUUCUUUGGUUGAGGGUAAGAAGAAUCCAGGAAAGGAUAUGGGUGUUGAGUGGGGAGCUAGACUUCUGGUUCUAGCUUUAGUUUCUUCAAUAGCUUUUGCUGAUCCUCUUGUUCCAGCAUUUAUCAUCUUUGGAGACUCAAUUUCUGAUGUGGGAAACAACAACAAUAUCACUACUCCAAUCAAAGCAAACUUCCUUCCUUAUGGAAGGGAUUUUGUUACUCACAGCCCGACUGGGAGGUUCUGCAAUGGGAAGCUGGCUGUAGACUUCACUGCUGAGUAUUUGGGUUUUGACACAUACCCACCACCCUAUCUAAGCCAAGAAGACCGAGGAGGGAAUGCUAUAACUGGAGUCAAUUUUGCUUCAGCCGGGUCGGGUCUGUUUGAUCUCACAGCAAUGACAUAUGGAGCAAUUUCAUUAACACGGCAGCUGAACAAUUAUAGGGAAUACAAGAGAAGCGUGGUGAGCACGGAGGGAAGCAAAAAAGCAGAUGAGAUAUUCUCUAGGGGAAUCCAUCUGCUGAGUGCUGGAACUAGUGACUUUGUUCAGAACUACUACAUCAACCCAGUUCUAAGGGGACUCUAUAUAACACCCGAUCGGUUCUCUGACCAGCUCAUGAGAUCUUACUCUACUUUCAUUGAGAACCUGUAUAAACUUGGAGCCAGAAGGAUUGGAGUGACAAGCCUGCCACCAACGGGGUGUUUGCCUGCAGCCAUUACUCUCUUUGGUCUUGGGAGCAACAAUUGCGUUGAGAGAUUGAACCGUGAUGCCAGUUCCUUCAACCAGAAGCUGAACACAACUUCUCAGGGCCUUGUGGCACGAUACCCUGACCUUAAACUUGUUGUCUUUGAUAUUUACAAGCCCCUCGUGGACUUGAUCAACAAGCCUAGUGACAGUGGGUUCUUCGAGGCAAGAAAAGCUUGCUGUGGAACGGGUAUGCUAGAGACCUCCUUGCUAUGCAAUGCAAGAUCUCUGGGUACAUGUUCUAAUGCCACAUCAUAUGUGUUUUGGGAUGGAUUCCAUCCCUCUGAAGCUGCUAAUGAGGUCCUCGCACAAGAUCUGCUGGAAGCAGGAUUCUCCCUCAUAUCAUGAAGCGCUCCAGAAGUCCUACAACAGCUUCAAAAUCUGCUCCCUGAAGAUACAUGUACUUCAUUUACAAAAUGCCUUUGGUUUGUUACUAAUAGUACUCAGGGCUAGCUUCUAGCUUUUCUUUUAGUAUAGUUCUGCAUUGUUUGAAUAAAAGAUCACUGUUGUC